UUAACUUUAGAGAGAGAAGUGGCUUUCCGAUCAAGAAAGUGAACCUAUAGAGAGAGGCAGAGAGAGAGACAGUUAGAGAAAGUGGGACUCUCGCUAUCAGACUAGCAAAGUAAAAUCUAGGGACAGAGAGAUAGAGAAGAGAAAUCUCUCUCAGAAACUAGCUAUAUAGAGGGAGAGGAGAGAGAGAUAGAGCAGAGGGAGACCGAUCAUGGCAGCUUCGAAUGGGAGCGAGUAUUUUGAGAUAGAUGUGGAAGCUCAGAAAUAUGAGAACUUUUCACGGGCGUCGAAUGCCGAGGCGGUAGCAAUGGACGAAGCAGAGCUUCGUUGGGCGGCGCUGGAGAGUUUGCCGUCGCAGAAACGGACGAAUUUCGCGUUGCUGAGACGAACAGCGUCGGAAUCGGACGGCGGAGAGGAACGAACCGAGACGGUGGACGUGAGGAAGCUGAAUCGGUUCAAUCGCGAACUCGUUGUUAAAAGAGCAUUGGCUACGUCUGAGCAGGACAAUUUCAAGCUCCUCUCUGCCAUUAAAGAACGACUAGAUAGAGUCGGGUUAGAGGUUCCGAAGGUUGAAGUUCGUUUCGAAAACCUAAACAUCUCGGCCAAUGUGCAAGUCGGUUCCAGAGCUUUGCCCACUUUGGUCAAUUAUGCUCGUGACGUGAUUGAGCAAGUUCUAACUAGUUCAAAGAUCUUUCGGCCCAACAGACAUUCGUUAACCAUCUUGAACAAUGUGAGUGGUUUUGUGAAACCGGGAAGGAUGACAUUGCUUCUAGGGCCUCCAGGUUCUGGGAAGUCCACUUUACUUUUAGCUUUAGCAGGCAAACUCGACAAUGGCUUAAAGAAAAGUGGGAAUACAAUGUACAAUGGUCAUAAACUUCAUGAUUUCCAAGUUCAAAGGACUUCUGCUUACAUAAGUCAAACAGAUAAUCACAUCGCGGAGCUAACUGUACGCGAAACGCUAGAUUUUGCAGCUAGGUGUGAAGGUGCAAGUGAAGGCUUUGCAGGAUAUAUGAAUGAUCUUACUCGUUUAGAGAAGGAAAGGAACAUACGUCCCAGUCCUGAAAUAGAUGCUUUUAUGAAGGCAUCAUCUAUUGGUGGUAGAAAGCACAGUGUCUCUACAGAUUACAUCUUGAAAGUGCUUGGUCUUGAUGUAUGUUCAGAGACUUUUGUUGGUAAUGAUAUGCUUAGAGGUGUUUCAGGCGGCCAAAGAAAGAGAGUCACUACAGGAGAAAUGGUAGUGGGUCCCAGAAAAACCCUUUUUAUGGAUGAAAUAUCCACUGGACUUGAUAGCUCUACAACAUACCAAAUUGUGAAGUGCUUGAGAAAUUUUGUUCAUCUAAUGGAAGGGACAGUUUUGAUGGCUCUUCUUCAGCCCGCACCUGAGACAUUUGACCUGUUUGAUGAUCUGGUGUUAUUAUCAGAAGGACAUAUGGUGUAUCAAGGCCCUCGAGCUGAAGUUAUAGAAUUCUUUGAGUCAUUAGGUUUCCGAUUGCCACCUCGUAAGGGAGUCGCAGAUUUUCUUCAAGAGGUGACCUCAAUAAAGGAUCAGGCACAGUACUGGGCUGAUUCUUCAAAACCAUAUGUGUUCCUUACUGUUUCAAAAAUUGCUGAAGCUUUCAGAAGUUCCAGAUGGGGAAGUUCUGUCAAGUCCUCUCUUUCUGUUCCAUAUGAUAUAUCAAAGUGCCAUCCUUCAGCUCUGUCCAGAACAAAGUUUGCCGUAUCAAAAUGGGACCUCUUUAGGGCAUGCUUUGCUAGAGAACUGCUUCUAAUAAGUAGACAUCGGUUUCUUUACAUUUUUAGGACAUGCCAGGUUGCAUUCGUAGGAUUUGUCACAUGUACUAUGUUUUUGCGAACAAGAAUACACCCGACAGACUUGAUAAAUGGCAACCUGUACCUUUCUUGUCUGUUUUUCGGCCUGGUGCAUAUGAUGUUCAAUGGGUUUUCUGAGCUACCUAUAAUGAUAUUUCGACUUCCAGUAUUUUAUAAGCAAAGAGAUAAUAAUUUUUAUCCUGCCUGGUCGUGGUCUAUUUCUAGUUGGAUUCUGCGCGUACCUUAUUCUGUCAUUGAAGCUGUUGUUUGGUCUUGCGUUGUAUACUACACAGUUGGAUUUGCCCCUGGCGCUGGAAGGUUUUUCCGUUAUAUGUUUUUACUCUUUGCGAUUCACCAAAUGGCGUUGGGUCUCUUCCGGGCAAUGGCUGCUAUUGCACGGGAUAUUAUCAUUGCCAAUACAUUUGGAUCAGCUGCACUCCUUAUCAUAUUCUUGCUGGGCGGAUUUAUUGUGCCAAAAGAAAUGAUCAAGCCAUGGUGGGCCUGGGCUUUUUGGGUAUCACCAUUAUCCUAUGGGCAACGAGCAAUUUCUGUCAAUGAAUUUACUGCGAGAAGAUGGAUGGAGAGAUCUGCCGGUGGAAACACAACUGUUGGAUACAGUGUUCUCCAGUCGCAUAGUCUACCUACUUCUGGCUAUUGGUAUUGGCUUGGAGUUGGUGUUUUAUUGCUGUACUCUAUUUUUUUCAAUAUCAUUGUGACAUUGGCUUUGGCCUGCCUCAAGCCCAGCAAAAAAGGCCAGACGACUAUUCCAGUAAAUGUUGUGGAAGAGAAUUCAGCUGGGGAUGGUGGAAGCGGUCAGGAAUCUGAAUUGAAUCCAGUCUCUUGUGAGGAUAGAGCUAAAAAGAAGGGAAUGAUUCUCCCAUUUCAACCAUUAACAAUGACUUUCCAUAAUGUCAAUUAUUUUGUUGACAUGCCGAAGGAAAUGAGGUUGAAAGGUAUACCAGAAAACAAGUUGCAACUCUUAUCCAACGUAAGCGGAGUAUUCUCGCCAGGAGUUCUUACUGCCUUAGUUGGGUCAAGUGGAGCAGGAAAAACCACUUUGAUGGAUGUUCUUGCUGGUAGGAAAACUGGUGGAUACAUAGAAGGGGACAUUAAAAUAUCAGGUUAUCCAAAAGAACAACGCACUUUUGCAAGAAUUGCAGGAUAUGUUGAACAAAAUGAUAUUCAUUCUCCGCAAGUGACGGUUCUGGAGUCUCUCUGGUUCUCUUCUUCUCUACGCCUUCCCAAGGAAGUCAAGAAAGAACAAAGACAAGAGUUUGUUGAAGAAGUGAUGAGUUUAGUGGAGCUUAAUACUCUAAGGCAUGCUUUAGUAGGCUUGCCAGGUAGUACUGGCUUAUCCACAGAACAAAGAAAACGUUUAACAAUUGCAGUGGAACUUGUUGCAAAUCCCUCCAUAAUUUUUAUGGAUGAACCAACAUCCGGGCUUGAUGCACGAGCAGCUGCCAUUGUUAUGCGAACGGUUCGUAAUACUGUUGAUACAGGAAGGACGGUGGUUUGCACCAUUCAUCAACCAAGCAUUGAAAUAUUUGAGGCAUUUGAUGAGCUACUCCUUAUGAAACGAGGGGGGCGAGUAAUAUAUGGAGGGAAGCUUGGCGAAAAGUCACAAACUUUGAUAAACUAUUUUCAGGGAGUCCAUGGAAUCCCUCCAAUUCCCAGCGGUUACAAUCCCGCAACUUGGAUGCUUGAGAUCAGUACACCUGCUGCUGAGGAGAGAAUUGGUCAAGACUUUGCAGAGAUAUACAGAAACUCUGAGCAAUACAGGGAGGUUGAAGCUUCCAUUCAGCGUACGAGUAUUCCACCCUCUGGUUCAGAGCCUCUAAAAUUCGCUGCCACGUAUUCUCAAGAUGCUUUAUCUCAAUUUAGAAUUUGCCUCUGGAAACAAAAUCUUGUAUAUUGGCGGAGUCCGCCAUACAAUGCUGUGAGAAUGUUCUUUACAACAAUGAGUGCAUUGAUAAUUGGCUCUAUAUUCUGGGACCUGGGUUCAAAAAGGGACUCAACUCAAAAUUUGUUCGUUGUUAUGGGGGCUUUAUAUUCUGCUGUCAUGUUUCUUGGGGUCAAUAAUUCUUCGUCAGUACAGCCUGUAAUUUCAAUUGAGAGAACAGUUUUCUACAGAGAGAGAGCAGCUGGAAUGUACUCUCCAUUCCCUUAUGCAGCAGCACAGGGCCUUGUGGAGAUCCCAUACAUUGUAGUGCAGACAAUAGUAUAUGGUGUCAUUACAUACUUCAUGAUUAACUUCGAAAGGACUGUUGGGAAAUUUUUACUCUACCUUUUGUUCAUGUUCCUCACCUUCACCUACUUCACCUUUUACGGCAUGAUGGCUGUUGGUCUCACACCAUCUCAGCACUUGGCUGCGGUAGUUUCGUCUGCAUUUUACUCAUUAUGGAAUCUCCUCUCAGGCUUCCUUGUUCCAAAACCAUAUAUCCCGGGAUGGUGGCUAUGGUUCUACUACAUCUGCCCGAUGGCAUGGACCCUGAGGGGCAUCAUUAGCUCCCAACUUGGUGAUGUAGAAACCAAAAUUGUUGGACCUGGGUUUGAGGGCUCUGUGAAAGAAUAUUUGGAGGUCAGUCUUGGCUAUGGCCCUGGGAUGAUUGGCGUUUCGGCUGCAGCUCUUCUUGGAUUCAGUGUUCUCUUCUUUAUCGUCUUUGCUAUCUCUGUCAAAAUCCUCAACUUCCAGAAAAGAUAGAGAUA